AUUAACUCGGAUAAACACACAAUAACAAAUUCCAAUAUAAACAUUCUUGGCGCUCAAAUGAAUCAAGAAGCGGAACCCCUCAGAAUUUAAAUUUAAUCCCUUUAGAGUAGGGGAACUAUUUCAUAAUCGCAAUGACGUUUUAUAUCCCACAAUUUUGGCCCUGUCCUGAUUUUAGGAGUGGCUUGAAGUGUAAUAAUCCGACAACAUAAAAAGAAGGCAAAAUGGCAACAAUCAUCUUCAUUACCCUCACUAAUCAAGCUUUCAUUACUUCAUAAACUUUAUUUCAAAUGGUUUCGGUUCCGCCUCAAGUACGUUUGAUAUCUUUCGUGGCUUUAUUCGCCUUCUUCCAAUCUGCAAGUGCCAUUCAACAAUUAUUGGCAUUCGACAAAAUAUCAGAAGGUGCUUAUAGACAUGAAUCAAUUCCGACUGCCAUUGAUGUAAUCACUCGAUUAGGUAACGGUCAAAUCGUACUAAACACUACCUCCGCUGACGUUACUGUCGCCAAUGACAAACAGAAAUGGAAUACCACAGUAAGUGACGAUGAUAGUUUAUGGGAAGAUCCAAACUAUCUCUCGCAAUUCGAUGCAAUCGCUUUUGUCAUGACAGCUGAUAAAGAUGAUGGCAGUACGACCCUACUAUCACCUCAAGCAAAGGUCAAUUUUGCUAAAUACAUUCAAAAUGGAGGUGGCUUUAUCGGAUUCCAUGUCGCUUGUGGUUGUUUAUACGAUACACCUUUUUAUGGUAGAUUGGUAGGAGCAUAUUUUGAUUAUCAUCCUGAAAUUCAACCUGUUGGAAUCAAAGCGUUAACGAAUAAUAAUCCAAGUACAAGUAAAUUUCCCGCUUCAUUCCAAAUUAACGAAGAAGUUUAUCAUUAUCGUACCGAUCCACGCCUUUUACCUUCUGCUCCAAUCGUUUUAUUAAGUAAUUCAACAGUCUUUAAUGAUCCUCAAGCAGCAAACCGAACACGAUCUGACGGUCCUCCACCAAGACCAUUGGCAUGGGUACGAUCGGGUAAUUUAUUAGAUGCUCCAAGUACACCUUUAGGACAAGGAAUGGAUGAUCCAGAAUAUGGUCCAAAAUAUAGCGGUGGACCAGGAAGAAUGUUUUAUACCAGUUUAGGUCAUUUGAACGAAACUUGGCAACAAAUACCAAUGCAAGCUCAUGUUGCAGGUGGUAUUUCUUGGGUUAUGGCAAGUCCGACAUGCAGAUCAAGAAAAGGAGAUUCACCUUUAAAAGAACAAUCUUCGCCAUCGGAUGUUCCGAAUUCGGCUAUUCGUUCAAGACGAUAUCAUUCAAAAAGGUAAUAUUCAAGACGGCAUGGUGUAACCUUUCUACAUACUUUCCUGGGAAGGAGUGGAUGGACAAUUGAAUUGAGAGAGUAAGAGAGAAUAUUCUAGAUACAUCGUUGUAAUAAGCAAAUUUAAUAUUCUGGUUCGCUACCAUGACC